CAAAACACAACAACGAUAGCGAUUCUGUGAACUGUUUUCAAUCUCAGAAAAAAAAAAAAGCUCGCUUUCAACUUUUCUUUUUUUCUUCCGUCUCUGUUUUUAAUGCAUAACGAAGCAACUUCCUCCAUAACAACUCUCGAUGACUGACCUCAGCUCCUCGAGUCUACGCUCCGAAGCUCAGAAGCCCACCGGAAACUCACCUCCUCCUCCAACCGAUCCCGGACACGUCAGCAUCGCCCUCACACCUCCUUCUCCAACACCACCCUCCGCCGCCACCAACACCCGCAAAAUCUCUCUCCUCCCACUGAUCUUCCUAAUAUUCUACGAAGUCUCGGGCGGCCCCUUCGGGAUCGAAGACACCGUCAGAGCAGCGGGACCGUUACUAGCCAUCCUCGGCCUCAUCGUCUUCCCAUUCGUAUGGAGCAUCCCGGAAGCGCUCAUCACCGCCGAGAUGAGCACCAUGUUCCCGGAGAACGGCGGCUACGUCGUCUGGGUCUCCUCCGCGUUAGGACCUUACUGGGGGUUCCAGCAAGGCUGGGUGAAAUGGCUGAGCGGCGUCAUCGACAACGCCCUCUACCCCAUCCUCUUCCUCGACUAUCUCCAAUCCGGUUUACCGGUUAUCUCACGUGGUCUCCCACGUGUGGCUUCGGUUAUCGCGUUGACUUUCGCGUUGACUUAUUUGAGCUACAGAGGUUUAAGUAUAGUUGGUGUAGCUGCCGUUGUGAUCGGUGUUUUCUCGAUUUUACCCUUAGUGGUGAUGUGUUUAGUGUCCAUACCAAAGGUUGAGCCUUUACGUUGGCUUACCACAAGCCAACGUAAAGGUGUAGACUUUAGUUUGUAUCUCAACACUCUGUUCUGGAACCUUAACUACUGGGACUCGAUCAGUACUCUCUCCGGAGAGGUUGGUGAACCGAGUAAAACCUUACCCAAAGCUCUUUUUUAUGCUCUGCUUUUAGUUGUGUUAUCUUACAUCUUCCCGGUUUUGUCCGGGACGGGAGCUCUGCCUCUAGAUCAGGAGCGUUGGACCGAUGGUUACUUCGCGGAGAUAGGGAAAGUGAUAGGAGGGGGGUGGUUGGGUUGGUGGAUUCGAGCUGCGGCUGCUGCGUCAAACAUGGGGAUGUUUUUAGCUGAGAUGAGUAGCGAUUCGUUUCAGCUUCUCGGUAUGGCUGAGCGCGGGAUGCUACCUGAAGUCUUUGCUAGAAGAUCGCGGUACGGAACUCCCUGGGUUGGGAUACUGUUCUCUGCCUCUGGUGUGGUUGUGUUGUCGUGGCUGAGCUUCCAGGAGAUCGUGGCUGCGGAGAAUUUGCUGUACUGUUUUGGGAUGGUGUUGGAGUUUAUAGCGUUUGUGAGGCUGAGGGUGAAGCAUCCGGCUGCGUCGCGGCCUUUUAAGAUACCUGUAGGGGUUUUGGGGUCGGUGAUCAUGUGUGUUCCUCCGACUGUGUUGAUUGGUUUCAUUGCGGCGUUUUCCGACUUGAAAGUUGCUGGGGUGAGUCUUGCUGCUGUAGUGUUUGGGCUUGUGUUGCAACCUUGUCUGAAGAAAGUGGAGAAAAAAGGUUGGCUUAAAUUUUCAGUCAGCUCUCAUCUACCAGACCUGAUGGCCUAAGCAACAUCAGGUUUGAUGGUGUAGACUGUGGAUGAUGAAGCUUUUGGUUUUACCUUUGAAUCAGAGCUUAAAGAGGAUUCAACACAACUGAAUAAAGAAGACUUUUACAUUUGAAUACACACUCUUGUUUUUUUCUUCCCUUGCUUUUUGCACAUCACAAGGAUUUAGAAUUUUCUAAGACUAUAGUGAACCAUUUUAUGAAAUUUUAAGUUCAGACAAAAUACAUAUAUUGCAGUUUUACUGUUUGGAAAUAUACCAAAAUGCUAAAAAAAA